GGUAGUCAAGUCUCAAGUUGCUGAGGUAGCAAUGAGUAAAGGUAGAAAAUGGAAGAGACAGCAAACAGCAGAGAGGGUGUUUACGAGCAGUGCUGUGAUCAACAAAGAAAACAGUAAUCCCAAG